AGAGCUGUGGCACCCGUAAUAUGGACGAUUUUCAUUUUAAAUUUGACCAGCAUCCAAAUUAGAAAUAAAUUUUUGUUUUUUUUUUUAUGAAAUCUUGUACAGAUUUAAAUAACAAAAUUUUUGUUUAGAACUGCUAACCAGAUACAAUAGCAAUGUGUUCUCCAUGUGGACCGUGCAGCCCCUGUGAUCCAUGCUGUGGGCCAUUCGAGUGUUCGCCCAAAUGCUACAAUUCGGCGCAAUUGGAGGCGCUGCCGCAAUGUGCACCACGGAUACCGCCACCGUUUCCCAAAUGCAUAACGGUGCAGCAGCCGCCGCGUCUCAUCUGCAAGAAGCGGGUCGUAUUCACCGAGAAAAUUGUGCCCGAGCCGAUGGUCGUGAAUCGUUGCCGCCAAAUCACCAUACCCAAAGUGGUCGACGCGACGCGUGUGAUCAAGGUGCCCAAACUGAUUUGGGUGUCGCAGAUGGUGCGGGAACCGCGCGUCAUCUACUAUCCAUCCAUGAUACCCGAUCCCUAUGUCGUCUGCUAUCCAAAGCGUGUCUGCGAGCCGCGCGAGGUCUGUCAAUCGAUACUGUGCCAGCCGAAGCCGCAGACCAUUGAUAUACCACCGCCGCGUGAGUAUUGCUGUUACCCAAACGGACCCAUCAACUAUAAGCCGAGUGCCGCCUGUCCGCCCUGCCCCAUUGGACCCUGUGCUCCAGGUGGCGCCUGUUGUCCAUUGCCCUGUUUCUCGACGAAUCAGUAUCCUGUUUGUGAGACACGUUGCGGACCCUGUGGACCAUGCGGACCCGGUGGACCUUGUGGACCCUGUGGACCAUGUGGACCGUGCGGACCCGGCGGUCCUUGUGGACCUUGUGGUGGACCCUGUGGACCUUGCGGACCAUAUGGUGGUAACUCUGGACCCGGCUGUUGGACACCCUGCGGUAGCUUGUAAUCUGUCAAUGUACAUAUACAUAUAUAUCCUCCUAUGUGUGAGCAUAAAUACCCGUACAUAUGGCCACGAGCUUAGCAUUAAAACAAUAAAUAUUUCCCUUAAAAUCGA